AUGGGCGGAUCACAAAGCACGCAAGUCCCUGGUGGAGGCACAGAGGGCUAUCACGUAUUAAGAGUUCAGGAAAAUUCUCCUGGCCAGAAGUCCGGCCUGGAAGCAUUUUUUGAUUUCAUCUUGUGCAUUGGAAAUACCAGAUUGAAUCAAGACAAUGAACUUCUGAAAGAUUUGCUAAAGGCCAACAUCGACAAACCAGUCAAGAUGCUUGUGUACAGUAGCAAGACUGGUCAAUUGCGAGAACUCGAGUUGGUACCCAGUCACCAGUGGGGCGGUCAGGGUCUUCUGGGGGUGUCCAUCAGGUUUUGUUCAUUUGAUGGCGCUAACGAAAAUGUCUGGCAUGUUCUUGAAGUCCAGCCCAACUCUCCUGCUUUCCACGCCGGCUUGAAAUCAGAUGUCGACUACAUCAUUGGGUCCGACACCAUUCUACAAGAGUCGGAAGACUUGUUCUCGUUGAUAGAAUCGCACGAAGCUCGACCACUAAAGUUGUACGUGUACAACUGUGAACUGGAUUCAUGCAGGGAGAUCACCAUCACUCCCAACAGUGCGUGGGGUGGAGCUGGAAGUCUUGGUUGUGGUAUAGGCUAUGGUUAUCUCCACCGAAUUCCAGUUAAAGCACCCAGCAGUGAGUUGCAAGGCCUCAAAAUUGAUGGUGAGAAAUCCUCAACUGCACAUCCGCCUCAAGUGGCAAACGUCAGUACAUCAAAUGCCACAACUACAUCGUCACCAUCUACAGGCUUCUCAGAUGUUAGUUGCGUAUGCAUUCGUUAA